CAGCAUCCACUGAGUAAGGUAACGUGUGUGCAAGCAAGAGUAGGUUAAUUCUUGCUACUUGCUCUGUAGCUAAAGGGAUCUUUCCUCCCGUCAGCUCUCUGCUAUUGGAUUUACCUGGAGAAUAAGCACAGAAUAGAAAGGGUGAUUUUAAGGAAGCAAAAGUGUGAUAGAAAAGGCAACCAUGGCCAGGCUGAACUGGUGUCUGGCAGCAGUGAUUAGCUGGGGGAAGUUCCUCUUCUCUUGUUUCUUUCCAUUGAGAGCAGCUAGGAGAGAUAAGCCAGAAGACUUUGAGGCUGUUCAUUCCCACACCUUCAAGGCUAAGACCUUUAAAAAGGCCAAGAGUUGUGCAGUAUGCAAGCAGGCUUUGACGAAGGAGGGCCUGGUCUGCAAAGCGUGCAAGUUGUCCUGCCAUAAGAAAUGUGAGGUAAAGGUAGCCACAGCCUGUGAAUCUACAGCUGCUACUACAACUACUACAACAACAACAACAACUACUACAACUAACUACAAUCAGGGUUCUACAAAGUCUCCCAAAAUGGACUCGAAACGAAGACCAUCCAGGACCCUAAGUCUGAUGCAAAAAAUGGAGGAAAGUAAUGAGGUGGACCUGGUCUACAUCACAGAACGCAUCAUUGCUCUGUCCUUCCCUGGUGCAACAGAGGAGCAUAGAUACAGUGUACACCUGAGGGAGGUGACCAGCAUGCUCCGUUCUAAACACCAGCAGCACUAUCUACUGCUUAAUCUCAGUGAACAGAGGCAUGACAUCACCAAGCAGAACCCAAGGGUGCUGGACUUUGGUUGGCCCGAUCAUCAUGCUCCUUCUCUAGACAAAAUUUGCAGUAUCUGUAAAGCCAUGGACACCUGGCUUAAUGCAGACCCUCACAAUGUGGUGGUACUUCACAACAAGGGAAAUUGGGGGAGAACUGGUGUUGUGGUGGGUGCCUAUAUGCACUACAGUAACUUAUCAGCCAGUGCUGACCAGGCACUAGACAGGUUUGCCAUGAAGCAUUUUUAUGAAGAUAAAGCCAUGCACAUGGGCCAGCCUUCCCAGAGGAGAUAUGUGCAUUACUUCGCUGGUCUCCUUUCUGGCCACAUAAAAAUCAACAACAAGCCCCUGUUCCUUCAUCAUGUCAUCAUGCAUGGUGUACCUAAUUUUGAGUCUAAAGGAGGUUGCCGACCCUUCCUCAAAAUCUAUCAAGCAAUGCAGCCCGUGUACACAUCUGGAAUUUAUUCAGAGAUGGGCAACUUCGUGCUAUAUACACUUCUUGGAAUCAGGACUGAAUUUGAAUUAGAUUUUCCAUUGGGCUUGAAAGUAGAUUUUGCUCAAGGUCCAGUAGACUGCAGCCUUUACUUCCGGGUUCAGAAGAAAGACUCCCUUGAGGGAAUUGUGUCUGCCAAUGGUGCUUAUUCAACUGACCGUGCUCCUCCUGUAGUUGAACAUGCACUUCCUCUUCCGGUUGCCAACCAUCCACUACCAGCUGCAGACCACGCCCUUUCUGUCAGCAGUGACUCAGGAAACUCUACUGCUUCUGUUAAGACAGACCGCACAGAUGAUGCUCAACAGUCUUUGUCAUCCUCAGGGCCUGUGAGCCAAGCUCCCCCCGAGACUGCAAUUAGCCCUUGUGAGAACCGAGAGUUGGAACAGCUUCUGAGUGGGUCAGAGGGACCACCACUUCUCCCUCAUCAGAAUUUCCUCUCUUUUGCCAACACAAGCCCAGGGGUUGGAGUGCGGCACCUUGUGCCUGCCCAGGUCCACGUUAACGGACAAGCAGGUGCUGAGCAAGAAACUGACAUUAUUGAGUACGAGUUACCAGAAAGCCAAGUGGGAGAUAACAGUGCAGGCAGUCUUGGCACAUUCUCCUCUUUUGAGGGUCAAAAUACACCAGCUGACAGCAAACCAGUCUCUGAGUCCACCGUAGUAGAAGUAGACAGGCAACGUGGGAAUUUCCUAGAGCGGAGGCCUAAAAAGGAGAUGCCUGUGCACCAGCUUCGAGGGUCAUCAUCAGCACAUGGACUGAUAGAGUACAGUGGGCAGAACGAAGGAAUGUAUCGCUCACAGUCAUAUGGUGGCCUGAUGCUGGAUGGAGGACUUCGGUACUUGCCACAAGCUCCUGAACGUAACACCAGUAGCCGAGAUGCAGUGCAACGAGGGCUCAGUGCUUGGCAUCAAUAUGGUCUUGUGGAUGACCCCUUCUUUGGCUCAGAUAGUGCCCUUCCGAACUUCCCAACUCGUGGAGGUGGAUCACAGCAGGAUCUAGAACAGUCUAUAGAUGCCCUAAGCAUGCUCAUGCUUGACUUGGAGCCUUCACAUACACCAUUUCCCAAAUCUCAGAGUGCUCCCGCAGGUGAGAACAUCUCAGCUUUCCAACCACCCUUUGCCCAGACACUAGUCAGACCUUCCUACCAGGCUGACCAGGCCAUCUAUAGUGUCACUGGUGGCCCACCUCUCUCUUCCUCUGCCAGUUUUGGACAGUCCUCACAAAGAUCAUCACCUGCUUACCCAAUGACUCCACUAUCUGAGCAUCAUCAGAGGGGUUACCAGUCCCCUCAGGCCCUUUCACCUAUCUAUCAGCAAGAUCCCUACAGUAUCCGUGGAGGUUCAGUCACAACACCAUCCCCAACUUUAUCCCUCCCAUCUCCAAUCAAGCCCCAGUAUGUCUACCCAGGAAGCAGAGAGGUGUCUUACUCUCCAGACCUUCAGGGUACAUUCCCAGGCCCUCAAAAAAGCUACAGCACAUCGUCAUCCCCACUCCCCUCAGUUACCAUUGUAAAAGAACCUGAGCCAAAGUCUGAGGAGGAGAUCCUAAACCUUGAGGGACUUGUCGCCCACCGUGUGGCAGAGUACAACGCCCGCAUCCGGGGCAUCUCAAAGAGCAUGUCCUUCCAGCCCGAACAUCAUCGUUCCUAUUCCUUUUCUGGAACACAUUCGCGUACAGUAACCCCAGAUGAAGCCAUGCCAACUAUGCGCCGACGAACCACCAGUGAAAGCCAGUACCUCAGCAGCCAAAAUGACAGUGCAGCCCACAGGGUGUGCUCUCCACUGAAACCUGUCUCUCCAGACUUUGCCAACACAAUUGCAAUGAACCCAGGUGGACAACCCAAGGAGAAAACUGUGCAUAGCUACAGGGAGGCCUUUGAGGAGAUGGAAUCAGCUCCUUUUAAUCCUACCCACAGUAGUGCUGGCCGUUCUGGUCAGGCCGCUCUUUCAGCCACAGGACUGAAGGCACAGAACCCUACAGAAGCUCUGGUACAACAAAGCAGUUCAGAUUCUGAUUCUAGUGAUGAUAUAGAAGAGCAACAUGGUUUUGUGGGAAAAGGAGACAGAGGAGGAGGAUUGAUUUCUCCUUUGCAGUAUCAAUACUCUCCUGCUUUUGAAAGACCAGUUGCUCCUGCCCACAGUUUCAACCCACCUCAAGCAGUUAACAAUGCUAGUUCUGAUAGUUUUGGAAGGCAGUCUGCCUUUGCAUCAUUUCCAUCUGAGCCUGUCCGGGCUCCUCUCUUCCCAGACACCUUUACUUACCUUAACCCUGAUGAGGCCACAGUUAACAUUGUGGGUGUUCAUCACAUCCCAGGAAGCCCCAACACACUCCACCGUACAGUUGCCACCAAUACACCCCCAAGCCCUGCCCUUCACCGUAGGCUUGGUGGUCCAAGUAGCCCUGCUUUUGGGCGACGUCUACCAACAGCCAAUGGCGGCAGUGAACCAACCACUCCCAACAGCCCUCUUUUGGGUCGCAGUGGCAAGUUCAUCCCACCAAGCCCUGUACUAGACCGCCACCACUCACCUGCUCCAGUUGCCUCUAGCCCAGAACACAAAGCCCCACCUAGGGGUCAGGCCACUCCAGAUGAGAGACAUGGGGCAGAGUCCAGGCAAAGCACCAAUUCUUUGGUUCAGCCUGGCCUUGCUUCCCCUUUAUUUCACCUAGAGCAAUCCUGUAGCCCCUCACUGUUCUUGCCCCUGGAUGUAACAGCGGGAUCCAUCGCAGAGAAUUCUAAAAGUGUUCCAACAGAGGGCAUUGAAAGUAGGAAAGCUCCCACUCCUACACAAGUGCCACCACAAGGAGCUGCGCUUGCCUCAAUAUAUGCCGAUGGACCUCCAGAUAUUAGAAUCAAUAUCAAAUUUGUUCAAGAUACAUCCAAAUUUUGGUACAAACCAGAAAUCUCAAGGGAACAAGCCAUCUGUAUUCUUAAAGAUCGUGAACCAGGAGCAUUUGUCAUUCGAGACAGUAACUCAUUCAGAGGAGCAUAUGGCUUGGCCAUGAAAGUAGCCUCUCCCCCUCCAAUGGUGCAGCAGAAGAAAGUUGGAGACAUCACAAAUGAGUUGGUACGACACUUCUUGAUUGAAACCAGUGCCAAGGGCGUGAGACUUAAGGGUUGCCCAAACGAGCCCUACUUUGGAUGUCUUUCUGCUCUCGUUUAUCAACACGCCAUGACACCUCUGGCUCUUCCAUGCAAGCUUAUGAUCCCUACAAGAGAUCCAAAUGAAGAGGCCUUGGAGCUAGCAACACCAACAAGUUCAACUAUCGAUUUAUUAAAGCAGGGAGCAGGACCUCCUAAACCUACUGAAGAUUUUUAUGCAUGUAAUGUUUUGUACAUAAACUCUGUGGAUAUGGAGUCACUGACUGGUCCACAGGCUGUGGCCAAAGCCAUCACUGAAACACUUGCUGCCAAAUCCUCUCCUACAGCAACCAUUGUCCACUUCAAAGUGUCGACACAGGGCAUCACACUCACUGACAAUCAGAGGAAGAUUUUUUUCCGUCGUCAUUACCCAGUCAACAUGAUCACUUACUGUAAUUUGGACUCACAAGACAGAAAGUGGAAUAAAGCAGAGGGUGGUGUAGCAAAACUUUUUGGGUUUGUGGCUCGAAAACAAGGAAGCACAACUGAUAAUGUGAGUCAUCUGUUUGCUGAGCUGGAACCAGACCAGCCUGCUUCAACCAUUGUCCAUUUUGUCUCCAAAUUCAUGCUGAACACCCAGAAACCUUGAGUGACCACCUAGCAACCAUCUUGGUUUCUCCACGUGUCUGAAUUUUCUCACCAAAGAGGAUUUGGUUAUACUUAUUUUUCCAGAGUGGAUUAUUCUUUUUACAUACAUUAUUACUUUCUUUUUUGUUUAAUAACUCUGGUGGUUGGGCUCUUACUCUUUCUUCUUUGUGAAGAUUUGAAAAUUAUGCUGUUUUUUUAGGUGAAGAUCUUGCUGAAAAAUAAAGCAGAUUAAGAAUAUGUCAGGGUUAAAGUACUGUAGUAAGUGUAAAUGACUGGGAUAAAAGUUGUCCCUAUGGCCUUCUUCAUUAGGAGGCAGGAUUUUACAAUAAAGAAUACAAAUAAUAAAAUACAAAUAAUAUGCCAACAUUGUGAUAGAACAACCAAAGGUAGAGUUCAGAAAAAAAUUGUCUGAGAAUUAUUUACUUUUUAUUUUAUAAAAAAAAAAGAAAGAAAAAAAAGAUCAGAUCAGACAAGUCAAAAACUCCAAAUUCUUCUUUCUGUGUCCUGUGAAAAGUAUGAAGAAGCCAUUUUGCAUGUUUGCUUGCAAGAAUCAUAAGAGUAAGUUAUUGUCUCUGAAUUCAGAGGACUUUAGUUUACUCCGCUGUUACUCAGAAAAGAAUUUUGCAGAAUUUAGCUUUUCACUUCAAAUAACAGACCAAAUCUGUUGAAAUAAAUGAAAAAAGUGGUCUAAAAAAUGGCAGAAAAUCACUUUGCCAAAUUGAUCACCACAUGAAGACUUGCUACAUUUUCCUGUGGACAUGGAACUAGCAACUACGCUGCAGUCACUGGAAACUUUAUGCUGAAAUUCCAUAUUCAUAUGGAUAGUAAAAAAAAACACACUGGCUCUACCUACAAAUGUCCUAUGUGUUGGGUAGUAGAUGUUAAGCUUUCACUGAACUGUGCUCAACAUCCCAUUCACAGCUUUGCCCCAGUCAGUGACAAAAAUAAGACAACAGUUUGUUGCAUACUAUUUGAGUGCAUGGGUAGGUCCAUUUUGUACUGGUCUUUAAAAUGUAUUAUGACAAACCAUGACAUUUAAUGAAUAUUUAUUUUUGUUGCAGUAUUACUCAUGGGUAACUAAUAUUUAAAAACAGUCUAUACUCUACAGAAAAUAAACUUGACUUAAAAGUAAAAAAAAUGAAUUAUUUUAGCUAAAAUGUCAAAAUCAGGUUUUGAGAAGCUCUUGAUGUAAAAUGUAUGUUACAGUUUUUGUCUUUAUUUGAAUGUGUGUUCACUGUGUCACUGUGUUAGGCGAUUUAGAAUGAAAAGGCAUGAAUGUGGAUGAAACUGAAAAAAAUAUUUUAGAUUAAAAAAAAACAAUAUAUGUAUAGAAAUUUGCCACGAGUGCUGUAAUUAUGUGUGUGAUUAAAAUAGCUCCUGGAUUGAUAUGGAUUAUGUUAUUGGUCAAAGGGAGGUCAGCUAUUUGCUGUUUUCUGUGGAAAUGUAAAAGAGGCAGUGUAACAAUAUGUUUACCAAAAGUAUAUAGAAUUUCAUGUAAUGCACUUUCCAUCCUGUCAAGGACUAGGUUGUUAUAGUAGGUUCAUUCUCUGUUCACCAUCAUUAAGUGCUUUAUAAUCAUAGAUGGGGCAAAAGAGAUUGAAUAUUU